CCUGUGCCCUGGAAAUUCAUGUCUACGGAGUAUUUCACGACUACCUACUUACGGAGUAGACAAGUCCAGUCUUUCCGCACGCCUUAAUCACAGCACCGACUCGACCAAAUCUCUGCAACAUGAAUGAGCCAGAUAAACAUGCAGCCUCAUCAAUAUCGGCUCUUCAUGGCCAACUCCAAACAUAUCAUUGUCUGUGCAGUACUCUAAUUCUUACCACAUCUCACAACCUGGAUGAAUUAUCAUCAAGGGCUGAACCAGUGCAAGAUGGUGCUCUGAUUCUUCCACUCGGAGCACACCUGUCGACCUCGGAUUUUGUUGAUACAGAUGGACAUACAGGCGUCGACUCAGUCAUGUCUAAUGUGGUACCAGACCGCAAAGCAGUCAUCAUACGAAGGGAAGAUGGAUUUGAGAAGCGAAUUAUGUUUCGAUGCUCGCGUUGCAAACUAGUAUUGGGGUAUCAAUUGGACGAGUCACAUUUUGAGACCAGCCAGCCGGUUUCAAGGCCAAUCUAUCUACUACCAGGAGGACUGAUUGGGACGGAAAAGAUGAUCAAGGGAGAAAGACCUGAAAUGCCUCCGUGGGCGGGACAGACAGUAUAACAACUCAGACGAGAAUCCAUCAUGCGACGUUCUCGGUGCUGACUCCGGUGGAAAUCAAAUGUGAUUGUUCUGCAAUGAGCAUGUGCAUGCUGCCCUAUCAAUCAUACUUGUGUACGCCGAAACUGAUCGAAUUCGACCCAGAAAGCAGCCCGCAAUGCUGUUGACCCAACAAAC